UGCGUGUUUGAAUUGGAGUCCAAAAAACAGAAAUUUUAGAAGAAAAUUUUUAACCUGGGUAUACAUGGCUAUCAGAAUGCAUGGCGUUGUGGUGGCCAUGUCGUUCAGCUGUUUUUCAAGUUUUUGCCCUGCUGUGGUUGUGUAGCGUACAGCAAGCGCUAGGCGACGUGUGCGAGCCAAGUAACGGAACCCUUCUCUUCGACCGGUAUACGAGUAAACUCAUUCCGCCCGAAAGAAGGUUUAUGCUUUUUGCGUCCGACACCUUAGGAGUAAAUUCCAAAUCUGUCGAGACUUUAGAUUUUGACCAUGCUAAGUGUAUUGAAGCAGGAAAUGAAACAGUAGUAAUACGUCCUUGCAACAGCAGCAUCGUAUCGCAAAAGUGGUACCAGCUUCAUAACCAACUUGUCAGUAUACCUAUCGGCAAAUGUAUUGCAAGCGAACCGAACAAUUUCGAUACCGAUCUUCAGUUGAAGAAUUGUAGAACGGGCCAACCAAGUCAAGAAUGGUCGUGUUUGCAUCAUAACAGCACAGAAGUAUUGUUGUCAAGCGCUGGACGUUUCCUGGCUGUCAGCUCUGGUACUGUACAUACUGUGGACACGAAACCAGCAAACUGGCGAUGGAAAAUUGCGGACAAUUCUGGAAAAGUACUUGAGAAAAAUCCGGCCGCUAAAAGGUUAUGUCUUACUGCAGCAUCGGCAUGUCCUUUUCCAAAGCAAGGUGUUCGAUCUUAUUUCGUAACAUCUGAUACUGCACUAGCAAAGGUCAUGCACCCGCCAAAGGAAUUGGUUCUAAAACACUUGGGCGACACCAUCAGGAUGUGUUAUGCUGUUGGAAACAACAUUCUUGCUGUAUGCCCAUUGGGUUUCGUUGCUCUUGGUUCCCAAACCAAACAACACCAAGAGAAAACUUGCUUGGCUGGGGGUGUAUGGUCAGAACAACAACCUUUACAUUGUGUUAGGCGGAGCUGUGGGCGACCAGAUGAAGGCCAUCAUUCAACGUUUAUCGCAGAAAGGGGCUAUCUUUAUGGCGACGUUGUUCACUACACAUGUGAUGCGGAAUACAUCCCAGACCGAUCAUCACGAAUAUGCGGACCGGACGGAAGAUGGUCAGGUUUUGCUCUUUACUGCAAACAUUCUUGUCAGUUUUAUUUGACUGGUAACUCUGGAACCGUGACGUCACCAAAUUACCCUCAACCGUAUCCGGCUUCAAAGAACUGCGAGUGGAAAAUAGAAGUAGAACAAGGUCUUCGAGUCGUCAUCUGGUUUCGAGACUUCUUCAUUGAACCUGGAUCUCCCUUUACUGGAGAUUGUCGGCACGAUGUGUUUUAUAUAAAUGACACCAUAGGUAACAAAAUCAAACAAUUUUGUGGUUCUUUGUAUCCCGAAUCAUGGAUUGCUGCGAGUAAUAAAGUGAAGUUGGUAUUCUGUUCAGAUGUUUCGGGCAAUAGUAAAGGUUUCAAGAUCGACUACACUUCUUGGAAUAGUAGCAUGUCCGCCAAUCCGGUUGCACCAGUUCGAAACGGGACUUUCCCAGACGAAGAGGACAACUCGCAUGUCUACAUAGGCACUGAAUACGCAAACUACUUUAUUGAGAUUGUUUAUGGGGUACUCGUGAUAUCAGCCAUCUUCCUUAUCGCGAUGCUCAUUGUGUCGCAUUUCUUUAACGACAUCCGGACACGAAUACAUCCGGUAUCCCCCACUUCCUCAGAAGAGGACUUUUACGAUGAAACGGAACGUCAUCGCCGUCUCGCUCAGCGGAGGAUGACAACUAUGUUUGAUCCCGUCACAAUUGCUCCGAAAAUUACGUCGGACGGUGUCUUCGUUACACAGCAAUGGAUGGCAGAUAUUGAUUCUAUGAGCUCACACUCGCAGGGUUCUGUUAUACUCAGUGAACCAUGUCUGGAUAGACAACAUUUACCCAACGUUGUGCCUGAAACCCAAUCUAAUCCUCUUCCUGUCAAGAUUCAAAUAAGCGACGCCGAUAACAAAGAUUUAUCAGAAAUUAAAGAAAAUCGCCAAGUAUCCAAGCCACCUGAAAAGGGAAAAAAGACCGCCGGUGCUGGGGGUGUACGCUUUAGCAUCAACGGGAAUUAAAUCUCCCGCCCGGGUCUUCGGGGCAUUCUUUGCCGCAAAACCCAACGGCAACUUCGGCGGGUGUGACUCCUGCGACUCCUACAUAUAAAUCAAGUAUUUCUAAACGCUGAAUAAACCAUGGCAGGUGCAAACCUCGACGAGAAAGCUUGAUGAAGUAGCACGUCGCUUAAAUACGAACAAAGAGGCUUUUGCGUAUCCUUCAUGAUCGUACGAUAAUUGUUCUACCUGGGUGUCCAAUAAACACAUGCGUUUGAAA